UUUUGUUGUUUUAUUUGCGAAAAAGACACAAAAACGUUAAAGAAAAGAGAUCGUAUAUUAAGUUACAACGAUCGUUUAAAAAAAGCAAAAGAGAAUGUUUCCACUAUAUACAAUGUUUUACAGUUAAUUAUGCUCUUUAUUAUUUAUUAUGUAAUGUGCAGUUUAUAAUAUCCAUUGUUUAUUAUGUAAUGCUGAAUUGCUAGAUUGGCUUUGUAACUAAAAUAAAUCACGUCUUUACCCAAACCAUCAAUUGGUCUUAAUCUUGCUCAUGCUUGAGGAUUUAGAAAUUAAUCACUAUAUUGGAUUGUUACGUAUUUACUUCUGAAUGACUAUUCAACAAACUUCUCUCUAAAAUGACUUAGGAAUCUGUCGUUUAACAAAUUGUUAGGUGAUUUUAAGGGUAAAACCAGAGGAAACAAUUACCACAAGGAAGAAAUUGUGUGUACAACAUAUAUUUAAAUCGUCCCGCUUUAUUCCAGCGCGUGUUUCGACAUUUGAAGAAGCAUGGACACACUCAUUCAAUACAACGCGGAAUAUAUCCAAGUAGAUCCUGCUCACCAUAGCGAUCCAGCAGUGUACCAACCAUACCCUAGUGCUAGGGAGCAUGAAUUUACACAUACAGACAAACCAACCAACUGGCUUUGCCCUGCAAUAUUUUCUUGUAUGUGUUGUGUCUUGCCAUUGGGACUAAAAGCUAUCUUCUAUGCUGAGGAGGCCAAUCGGAGAGCCGAGAGGAACGAUCUGCGAGGAGCUGAAAAGUCUGCAAACCGUGCCAGAAACUACACGAUUUCCUCUAUCGUGAUUGGGAUCAUCGCUUGGACUGCACUUCUGAUUUCAUUGUUGUUUCUCAGUCAGAGUCUGACGGCCUAACCACUCGGCCACCGACGCCAUGAACAUGAAUAUUAUCAUUAUUGUUUAUUAUGUAAUGUGCAGUUUAUUAUGUCCAUUGUUUCAUCUAUAGAAAUAUGAUGGUAUACUGUAGCUGUAAACUAAUCCUGUGAAAUCUUGGAAGUGACCAGGCACGAACCUCGUUCAUUUACAGUGUGUUUAAAAUUGUACUGGAUCUUUGUACAAAAAUGUGGUAGCACCAGUUGUAUACAGUGAUUUAAGAGAAUUACUUGUAAUCUGGGGUUGAUUUAUUUGAUAUUUAACAUAAUCAAAGUACUGAAAGUACUCAUGGGAGUUGAACAUUGUGGAAAUUCAGUUAGAACAGAUAGCACUGGAAGGGUAGGGGGAUAAAUGACUGAAUAUUAUCAUGAUUUUAGAUACAAAUCAACUGUUGUUGUUUUUCAAAGCGUUACAACAGCAAACAUGGAUAAUGGAAGGCCCAUAGGCCACAACGCUCCUCGAGUAACUGAAGUCGUGUUGUUGUUUUCUAGAAUUUCACCCCUUUAUAUUCUCAUGAAAAAUGUGACCACAUAUUAUGGCCCAAACAUUCAAAUCAAUAUGGUUAGCACUGGCUUGCAGUUAUGAAGAAGUUUUUUCCCCUGUAUAUAUACAUUCAAGUUUAAUCCUAGUUGUAGCUAAUUCUAAGGAUUCAUUACUUGAAAAGGUAGUCCAAUAUGCUAAACUGUCACCUGAGUAUACUACAGUCCUGUAGAGGAUCAAUGGAAUGGUAAAUAAUUGUAUAAUAACUCAAAAUAAAUGAAAUGCAACAAAAUUAAAAAUCGUCCGGCAUCGGAGAUGCACAAGCCGAGUUGCGCAAGGAAUGGGCAUAGAGGGAACCGGCAGAAAAGUUUGCAAGAAUUAUCAAGCAGGGAGCAAAAUUUUGCGUACAUAAAUUUCAGCCAACUUAAAUCCUUUGUGACCUUGACCUUUAACCCUUGACCAAAAUCAAUAGGCUUCUUUGUCUCAUCAAGGGCGAUAAUCCAUCUAAGUUUAAUUGAGAUCCUAUAAUUUGUUAAAAAAUUAUAGUGCAGAAAACAAAAUUUUCUCCAAAUUUCAGUCUAUUUAUAGCCAGUGACCUUGACCUUUGACCUAGUGACCCCAGAAUCGAUAGGCUUUCUGGUCUUACUGAGGGUGACAAUCCAUCUAAGUUUGAUUGAGAUCGUAUGAUUCGUUCAAGAGCUAUGGUGCUGAAAACAAAAUUUUCUCCAAAUUUCAGUCUAUUUAUAGCCACUGUGACCUUGACCUUUGACCUAGUGACCUCAGAAUCGAUAGGCUUCCUCAUCUUACUGAGGGUGACAAUCCAUCUAAGUUUGAAUGAGAUCCUAUAAUUUGCUCAAGAGCUAUGGUGCGGAAAUGAAACGUUGAUGCGUGCCCGCCUGCCCGCCCAAAGGCACUUCAUCAGAUCAUAAGCCGAGUUCGACUUCAUCGCAACUCCGCUAAAAAUGAAACACUAGUCAAAUAAUGUUAUUUAUUGCCAAGGUAUUUGGGAUAUUAUACUGUGGCUCAAACAGGGGGUGAAUGAACCUGACAGUAUGGGAAGCAUAUAGUGGAAUCAGACUUGUGAUGCUGGAAAUCUAUAGUGAUUAAUAAACUAUACAUGUACAAGAUCCAUAACUAUUUUUUUUCAGUUUGUGAGGGAGAAUCCUCAUGUCUCUUUCAUCUGUAGACAAAUAAACUGUAGACAAAUAAACAAUGUGUUUUGACCAGAGCAAUUUCCAAUCCUUUUUGCAGCAUAAAUUCAACAUUGUGGCAACUGGGUUAAACUUUGAUAGUGAAGUAAUACAUGGCAGCACCUUAUCCCAUGCUCUUAAAAUUUCUGUUUGACACACACUCAUGACAUCCACUCAAACAUUACAGAGUGCAGCAAAAUCCCAUUGUAAUAGGAGAUUCAAAAUGGAUAACUGGUACAAAAUAUGGUACAUACUAUUCGAAAAGGAUAAUGAAUUUGACAUAUUGAUGUUUUGGAAAAGGAAAUUCUGACAUCGGGGCUCUAAGCGUUUUCAAACAUUGUCAUUUGAUAAAAGUGUUCUACAUUUUUAAAAAUAGAGAUUAAUAUGUCUUUACAUACAUAGGUGAGGAAGUUUCCAUUAUUCCUAGCCGAGACAUACCAUGUAUGCGCAAAAAAUUCAUAAACAAAUAUCAAAAUACUCACGUAGAAAAUGUGGACCUUACCGUCAUCAAGCGCAGCGAAACACUCCAUUUCGAGAUUUUCGCCGACGAAAGCUCGGUAACAGUAAUGAAUAAGGUACACUCAUUUUGUAUCUAUUUUGUGACUUUCUUUAUUAAAAGGAACAGUUCUCUAAUGUGUAACGUGCAAUUACUACGUAAUUCAAUAACUUGAAGCAUGAAGUAGUUUCACUUUGCAACCGGAUAUAAGAAAUUUUAUUUCGUAUUCCGAUCCCGAUCGAAAGUUGUUGACUGGGAAUGACGUGUUUUAAUUCAAUAUACAUGUAACAUCAAUCAUUUUUUAUAUCACAUUAAAAAAAAACCAAAUAUAUACACAUACACAAUGUUGUAGAGUUAUUUCUUAUAAAUUUUCUGAGGUUUCGCACCAUAUUCGAUAUUUCGCGCCACGGUGUCAAUAGGUCUUGUGUGCAGUUGUCGUUCGUUUCCCUAUCAAUGUUUAUAGGUGACGCUGCGCUACAAACGACAAUUUUCAACCUUAUCUUUUAUUUUUCUAUGUAUAUCAGUAUCAAUUUGAUCGAAAUCUUGUAUUCAAAUUGAUUUGAAUACAAUAUCAUUGCAUUUACUUACAUGUCAAUUAUCAAAAUUAGAUUAAUUCAGAAAAGUUACAUGGAUUAUUUAAUGGCGGAUGUUUAUAAAAGUUUAUGUUGAUUUACCUAGGAGUAAAUCAGCUGACACAGAACCCCUGCUGACGACCACUAUACAAAUCAAUACAAAUUACUGCGCAGAAAAGUGCGUGAUGACCCAGGGAGAUUGAACAUAGUUCAACUCCCAAAAAUCAUUG